UACGGAAUAAGUUGAUUUUGUCGCUAUCGCGCUUCAUAUCAUUUCAAUACAAUCGCCAACGGAUUAUUUGAAAAAUACAAACCAACGAAACAAUAAACAAAAAAUUUUUUUUUUUUUUUUUGCUUUUGAAUUAUAUGCGAAAUUCUUAACGCGUCUUAAGUGGGAACAUAUGUCUACAUGAGAAUUUAGUGUCGUUCGUUGGAUUAUGGAGAAAAUACAAUUUCGGGUUAUAACAGGCAUUGUACUAUCACUCAUUAUAUGGGUGCAAUUAAGUAAUUGUCAGCAGAACGCACUGUUUACCCAACCUGCAUUUCAACGACAAUCAGCUUUUCAACGACAACAAUUACGACAGCGACAACAACUACAACAACCGCAGCAGCAAAUUUUCUCAAGUAACGGAUUAAAUGCUUUAAACCCCUUAACACCACUAAAUAGCCUUUCGCCCGUUGCGAAUCCUGUGUUAUCGCAAAAUCAAUUUCGUAAUUAUAAUCAAGUAAACCCACAAAAUUUUAUUCCUAUUACCGCUUACCAAAAUGAAAUAAAUUACGAUGGAAGUUUCUCUUAUGGCUACGCAGCUGGAGAUGGUACAACUGCUCAGGCUCAAGGUUACGUAAAAAACCUGGGUUUAGGUGAAGCAGUAGAAGCACAAGUUGUGCAGGGCUCCUAUUCGUAUACAUCGCCAGAAGGUACACCUAUUACCGUGCGCUAUAUAGCUGACGAGAAUGGUUUUCGUGCGGAAGGUGCACAUAUACCAACGCCGCCACCUAUACCUGAUGCUAUUGCUAAAUCAUUGCAAUAUAUAGCUAGCGUGCAGCAGCCUUACCAACAAGAAUUGGGUCCGAAUAUAAAUCCCUAUCAAACUCCCUUCAGACAAUAUCCGUCGAACCUAAGAGGAAGCGGCAACCAAGCAUCAUUGCAAUUUCAACAACAGCAGCAACGUUUCCUGCAGCAACAGCAACAGAAUACCGGACAGUAUCAGGGAGAGAAUCAAUUCGGGGCACCAGGCUCUCCGAUUAAUUUUGGAACUAGUUCGACGAGAUUCGGUUCGCAAUACGAUAAUAGCUUACCGGGGGCGGGAACUUUCUUACCACAACAAAAAAAUCUAACGCAACAGCAACAUAAGCAACAUUUGAAUAAGCAACAGCACGAUCAACAAAACAAUGAUCAUGAACAACAACAGCAACAACAAUUAGCCACACAAGAACUGCGUGCACGUUCCAAUCAAUUAAUCAAUCCCUACGGAUUUAAUCCAUAUCGUCGUUAUAAAAAAGCUAUUAAAAGUUCGAAUUUUCACUAG